AACUCGCCUCCCACCUUCCAAGCUUCUCCUUAUCUCGGGCGGACAAGUGCUUCAAAGUGAAGAUUGAGCUUCACUCGAACCCUGCAGCCUUAUCACGGUGAUCAAUUCGCUCAGCACCUGGCCAUUGAAGCCGGCAUACCGAACCACCCCGACCACUCAUUACAUCCCAUCCACCUCCGAUCUACAUCUAUCUCAAGCUCGAUCCCCGAGAGCGAGUUCUUCAAGUACAAAUGGCUACAUCAUCUGCAUCCCCCGAUACCUCAUCAACACCGUCUACUCCCCGCAAAUACAAUCUUCGCAACCCGCUCCCGCUCUCAGCGGCCCAGGAACAAGAAGUCAAGAAGCUCUACUAUAAGCGCGUACGAAGCCACUGCGCUCCUGAAAUUAAGGCCUUUGCCGAAUGCGCCGUCAACCGUACUGUCACCGCCACCUGGGUAUGCCGCCAACAACGUCUGGCCAUGAACUCGUGCAUGGUCGCCCACGCAAAUAACCGGGAAGAAGAAGACCGGGCACGCGAGGAAUGGUUCGCGACAUACGAGGAGCGGAAACGUGCGAAGGAGGAGGACUUGGAGCGCGUGGAAAAGCGCCGAGAGGAGGUCAUUCGCAUGAUGAGGGCAGACGAGGAGCGGCAACGUCAGGCGGCUCAGGGGAGGUGA